AUGUUUUAUAAUUUGUCUCCCUGCUUCAUUAUGCCUAAACUUAGGAGAUCUGGGGGCAGCACCCUGCCUCCGCUCUUGUUGUUCAUCUUCUUCUCUUUAUCAAAACAAAAUGUUACUACUACCGCAAUCACUGGCACUAAAUUCAAUCUCCAUUUUAAAGAAGCGCCGCAGUUCUAUAAUUCCCCGAGUUGUUCUUCAAUUAAUUAUUCAGUGAAUGCAGUACAUGUCGCUAUGACUCUUGAUAUAGCUUAUCUCCGGGGAUCUAUGGCUGCUAUUCUUUCGGUACUGCAGCACUCUUCUUGCCCAGAAAACAUUGUAUUCCAUUUUGUCGCUUCUUCGUCUGCUGAAUCCACGCAUUUGAACCUUACUAUUACGAAAUCAUUUCCGUAUCUUCAUUUCACAAUUUAUCCAAUUCAAGAUGUUGCAGCUGUAGCAGGACUAAUUUCGACCUCAAUUCGCUCUGCUUUAGAUUGUCCUUUAAAUUAUGCUCGCAAUUAUCUUGCUGAUCUACUUCCUCAACACCUUCAAAAAGUUGUUUAUCUUGAUUCGGACCUUGUUUUAGUAGACGACAUUGCUGAAUUAGCAGCAACGCCUCUAACAGGGGACUCUGUUUUAGCAGCUCCUGAAUACUGCAACGCUAAUUUUACUACUUACUUCACGCCAACUUUUUGGUCUAAUCCUUCUCUUUCCUUAACUUUUGCGAAUCGAAAUCGAAGGCCUUGUUAUUUUAAUACUGGAGUGAUGGUAAUUGAUUUAGAGAGAUGGAGAGCAGGGGGUUAUACUACUAAGAUUGUGGAGUGGAUGGAGUUGCAAAAGAGAAUGAGGAUUUAUGAAUUGGGAUCUUUACCCCCUUUUCUGCUUGUUUUUGCUGGAAAUAUAGCUCCGGUUGAUCACAGCUGGAACCAACAUGGUCUUGGUGGAGAUAACUUUCAUGGACUCUGUCGGGAUUUGCACCCUGGUCCAGUUAGUCUAUUGCAUUGGAGUGGAAAGGGGAAACCAUGGGCGAGACUCGACGCCAAUCGCCCUUGUCCAUUAGAUGGCCUAUGGUCACCUUAUGACCUGCUGCAAACACCUUAUACUAUUGAAUCUUAAGGUGUAUUAGAAAUUAUAGUAGAAGACAUCGAGAGUAGAGAUCUGUGUCUUGAGAUCCUCUUCGAUUGUGUUAUGUAAAGGUACUACUACUACUACUUAUUUGUUUCUUUUGGUGGAGCUAGUCACCCCAGAAGGGCUAGGUGAGGUCUACUAUUUUCAUAGAUUAUAAGUAGUAUACAGUAGCUAGCCAAGAAUUUUACAUUGGUACUUUGCUAGAGUAUUAUUUUUCAACGUAUGAUAUGAAAUCAUAUA